AUGACGGCGCUGAAGCCGCGCGGGGCGGCGUCGAGCGCCUUCUUUCUCGUCGCGACGUCCGCGGUGUGGGGAUCGCUGCACGGCGGGUUCACGGAGGUGUUCUCGUCCUGGGAGCGGUUCAUGGGGUGCUUCUUCGCGUGCGGCGUGGCGUGCGGCGCGGUCGCGAGGGCGAUGCGCGUGGGCGUGAAAGCGCCGGCGCUGCCGAAGCCGCGGAGGAAGGAGAGCAUGGACGGGGGGAGCCGCGCGAUGGACGGCGGCGGCGGCGACGACGACGACGACGACGACGACGACGGCGGCGACGACGACGUCGCGAACAAGCCGCGCGCCGCGCGCGGCGGCGCCGCGACCGCGAGGCGACGACCGCGGCGGGCGUGA